AUGGUAGUGACAUGGUUAGAUGAAGAUACUGAGGAUGAGGAAAAGUUAUCUGCCAACAAGGUUAAUGCCUUCUCAGGGGCUGUCAAUGACUCAGAUUCCAAUGCUGAUCUUCAAGAGAAAGUAGCUACACUGACAGCCAAACUGGAAAAUACCUACAAGUCAGUGCGUAUGCUGAACAGUGGAUCUAAUAUGCUUGAAGAGAUCCUGGAAGAAACAAGUAAGCAAGGAAAGAGUGUUAAAGGCAUUGGUUUCAGUUACAAGUCUGAGAAUAGAGGAAAUCAGAAAGCAUCAAGGAACAAGAAAGAGUCUAUGAAGGGAAAGAUAGAGAGAACUGUUGGUGGUGCUAGGGUUAUGAGUUUGCACACAAGUUCUUCCACUCAAUCCAAGAAGAACUUAAGAACUCCUUCCAAGAAGCACUACAAGUCUCGUGCAACCCCAAUGCAAAACCCUGAAGCCCCUGUGCUUGAGGAUGUUUCAAACACUUCUGUCUCUGCAAAUGAUGAAGACGAUGUCGCGACAUCUUCCCAUGGCUCCGAUGAGACAUUGUCUGAUAAGCCUGCCAAGGAAGUUUCACUCUCAAAGGAUUCUUCCUCUUCAUCCAAGAGUUCUGAUUCCAAGGCUGCAAACUCAACGGAUGUUUUGUCAGAGGAGUCGAUGAAGACCCCUCCCAUUGUUCAUGAUGUCUCUGAUGAUGAAGAUUCAGAGGAUGUGCCUCUGGCGAGUGUUGCUGCCAGAAUGCUUAAACGAAGAAGAGCAUCCGUUGAAGAAACUCCUGUUGUCCAGAAGAAGAAAGCCAAGAUCACUACGGGUUCUUCAAAAUCAAGGGCAACCGAUGUGUCAAGGAAAGGCAAGUAG